AUGGUAUUAGCCGACCUAGGACGUAAAAUUACGUCCGCAUUACGGUCGCUCAGCAAUGCAACUGUCAUCAAUGAAGAGGUAUUAAAUUCUAUGCUGAAGGAGAUAUGCGCAGCACUAUUAGAAGCUGAUGUAAACAUUCGCCUGGUGAAAAAACUCCGUGAAAAUGUGCGAUCCGUCAUUGACUUUGAUGAUAUGGCGGGUGGGCUUAAUAAACGCCGGAUGAUCCAGAGCGCAGUGUUCAAAGAACUUGUCAAAUUGAUCGAUCCAGGCGUGAAGGCUUACCAGCCAGUGAAAGGUCGUCCAAAUAUUAUUAUGUUCGUUGGAUUACAAGGUGCUGGUAAAACAACGACGUGUACUAAAUUAGCUUAUCAUUAUUUGAAGAAAAAUUGGAAGGCUUGCUUGGUUUGCGCUGACACGUUUCGUGCUGGUGCUUAUGAUCAAAUUAAACAGAAUGCUACUAAAGCUAGAAUACCAUUUUAUGGAAGGUAA